AUCCCUAGAAACGACAACGUUUUAGUUCCAGAAGAACACAGUAUUUCCCUCGCACUCACUCCCACUAAUCUUCAUAUUUCAAAUUUGGAUCCGAAAUCCAUAUCCAUAAUAAAUAAUAAUAGUAAUAAAGUUAAUAAAAAAAAUGUCAGGGAUAGGGAAAAGUGGAUUUAUAGUGACACCACACAAAGUAUCAAUCUGUAUCCUUAUUCAAGUCUAUGCUCCUUCCGGCCAGUUUUCCGUCCCCUUUCCUUUCGCUUCCAUUUCCCAGCAUAAUCGCCUGGGCCUCUUCCUGAUCGCCCUUACUAAGUCAUGUGAUGAUAUCUUGGAACCAACAUUGGAUGAAUUCUUGAAGUAUCUGAAGGAAUUUGGUGGAUUACUAGAUAAUUGGUUAAGUGAUCAUGUAACUGGUAGGCUAUCCUCGUUAUCAUCACCGGAGGACCUUUUUACCCUUUUCAGUGAUUUACGAGGCAUACUAACCGGACCUGAAACAAGCGUUGUUGAUGAUGACCAAAUUAAUUUGGAUCCUAAUAGUAACCUUGGAAUGUAUCUUCGUCGAUGCUUGCUUGCUUUCAAUAUAUUGGACUUUGAGGGUAUGUGCCAUCUUUUAACAAAUAUAAAGACAUAUUGUAAAGAAGCAUUUGCUCCAUAUGAAAUGUCCCAUUUGCAUGAUCCUGGUAAUGAUGACGAGGCACCAUUAGAAUAUGAGAACAUGGAUCUGGAAAACAUUGUACUCCAAAACUUUACAGAAGAACUUGAAUCUAGAAAAAGAUCUGCUGAAAGGGUUCCUUUUCAUAACCAUUCAUCAAAAGCACUCUUUAGUUUAGUCGAAGAUAUCAUGGUUUCCCCUGGUCAAAAAGCCAAACACAAUCACAGAAGUCAAAUACAACCACAAUCACCAAGUGUUGAAUCCUCGGAUGUGACUUUUCAACGUACAAACUGGCAGAUACAGGGAUACUUGUCAGAGCAAGCGGAGAUGAUUGAAAAGCUUGGAAGCUCUUUCCCUAUGAGUGCAUUUGAACCUGUCUUAAAACUUCUUCAGAAAGUGGCCCCGGAGUUGCAUCGUGUUCACUUUUUGCGCUACUUGAAUAGCCUCUAUCAUGAUGAUUACCCUGCUGCCUUGGAGAAUCUUCAUCGUUAUUUCGAUUAUAGUGCAGGGAUGGAGGGUUCUGAUUAUGUUUCCACGUCAUUGGGCUACUCGGGCAUGGGAAGAUAUGAACUCGCUUUACUAUCUCUUGGAAUGGCACAUUUUCAUUUUGGUCACCCUAAACUCGCUCUGGAGGUUUUGACCGAAGCUGUCCGUGUCUGUCAGCAGGACAGUGAUGAUACCUGUCUUGCGUACACAUUAACUGCCAUUUGUAACCUGCUAUCUGAAGUUGGUAUCUCAAACAUGACUGGAAUAAUGGGGGCAUCAGAUUCACAUGUUUCCAGCAUAGGCACAUCACUGUCCAUUCAACAGCAGUUAUUUCUGCUGCUUAGAAGAUCUCUAAAACGAGCAGAGUCAUUAAAGUUAAAACAUCUAGUGGCUUCCAAUCAUUUGGCAAUGGCUAAAUUUGAUUUGACACAUGUUCAGAGACCAUUGCUAUCUUUUGGUCCCAAAGCUUCGACCCAGCUCAAAACUUGUCCAGCUAAUGUUUGCAAGAAACUUUGGGCAACCUCUCAAUUGAUACACCAAUUUGAUAAUGACAGCUCAGUAAGGACAGUUGAUGGUGCUUUGAGUACCACGUGGCUUAAGAAUCAAAGAAAACCCACAACAUUGUUGGUUUUUCCUCAAGAAAAUGGAUCCGAGAGCAAUUGUGACAAAUUUUAUUCAUGGUUACAAUCAAGUUCUGUUCCUGGAUCUGUGCUUCAGGUUGUGGGUUCAUCCUAUUUAGUGCGUGUAACAUCUUGGGAACUAUUUGGAAGUGCCUUUCUUGCUCGGUCAAAUGCGGUACUUUUUGCUACCUGCUUUGCUGACUUUUCAAGUUCAGCUGAUCUUGCAUUAGCAUAUGGAAAACUCAUCCAAUAUUUGGCUAUGUACAAAGGGUAUAAAGAAGCCUUUGCAGUCGUUGAGAUAGCAGAAGCAAAGUUCUUGUCCGUUUCAAAAUCUGGAAUAUUGCCAGUUAAGCUGCAACUGCUCCAUGAGCGGGCUUUACACAGGGGACACUUGAAACUAGCCCAUCAAAUAUGUGACGAACUUGGAGUGUUGGCAUCUUCUGUAGCUGGUGUAGACAUGGAGCUCAAGACUGAAGCAAGUAUCCGCCGUGCUCGAACAUUGCUUGCUGCUAAUCAGUUUAGUCAGGCAGCUUCAGUUGCUCAUUCUCUCUUCUGCAAGUGCUACAAGUUUAAUAUGCAUGUGGAGAAUGCGACUGUUCUUCUCUUGCUUGCUGAAAUUCACAAAAGGUCUGGAAACGGUGUUUUAGGGAUUCCCUAUGCUUUGGCAAGCCUGUCCUUCUGCCAAUCGUUUAAUUUGGAUCUUCUAAGAGCAUCUGCCACUUUGACACUUGCUGAAUUGUGGUUGUUGCUUGGAUCAAGGCAUGCAAAAAGGGCUUUAAACCUUAUUCAUGGUGCUUUUCCGAUGAUACUUGGUCAGGGCGGUCUUGAGCUCCGAUCUCGGGCCUACAUUACAGAGGCUAAGUGUUACUUAUCAGAUUUGACCAUUUCAGUUUCUGAAGAUCCUGAUAUUGUUCUUGAUUCCUUAAGACAAGCAUGUGAAGGUCUCGAAGCAUUGGAGUAUCAUGAACUGGCAGCCGAAGCAUAUUACUUGAUGGCGGUUGUGCUUGACAAAUCUGGGCAGAUACAAAAAAGAGACGAAGCAGCAACUUGUUUUAGGCAACAUAUUGUUGCACUUGAAAAUCAAGUAGUGUCGGAAUAACCUCUUCUCAAUCUCUUGUAAUGAAACAUUUCUCUUAAAUCGAGUGUCCAUGGCCCUUACCAUCAA